AUGAAGCUUCCAUCAAUCUCUCUUACCCUCCCCUUUGCCCUUCUUGCAACCCUCUCCUCCUUGACCUCCGCUCACAUGACAAUCCAAAAUCCUCUUCCUCGCGCACAUCCCCUUAAUCCCAAUGCCGCAACAAAAGACUUUGACUGUAUCAUGGCUCCCCUUAACGGAGGCGGUCCUUGUGCUCCAAAGCCCUUUCCAUGUGGAGGAUACCCCCAGGAUACGAAAAUCACUCAAACGUUCCGUGCCGGAGAAGUAAUCACUGUCGAAUUCUUUAACCAGAAUUUCCCCUCCGACCCCAGCAAUUCAGACCCCAAUGCUGAUCAAGCCAGACAUAACGGUGGACAGUGCGAAUUCUCAUUGAGUUACGACGGCGGUAAAACUUAUACCGUUAUUGGAUCAUACAAAAAGACCUGCCCCGAUAUCUUUUUCGGCUGGAAAGUAAAGAUUCCCCAGAACGCUCCUAGCUGCGACAACCCAGGACAAUGUCUCUUCUCCUGGUCAUGGAUUAAUGCCGUCGGCAACCGCGAAUUCUAUCAAAACUGCGCUGAUAUCAAGAUCGAGGGUAACUCCACCAAGGCACUCCCAAUUAUCGACAUUACUCGUGCUAAUUUGCCUCCUCAGUUCCCUCAAAUUAUCACUCCCCCUGGCGAUCCUGCCAAUACGGGAAAUGCUAAAGGAUCAGGACCGAGUCAAAUGGCAUGCGUAAAUCCAGGCAAGACUGGUGACUUUACUACCUGCGCUAAUGGCAAGCUCAUCACCCGAUCUUGUGCUGCUACUCUAGUUUGCAAGACCGCCGGUACCUCCAUUGCCUGCGAUUACGCUUAA